CUUGGUAGAGGAGGAGAAUCAAUGCCCAGGAGGAAGACGCCUGAUAAGACCCGUGUCAAUCAACGACUUCGACACCGGAUGGCGGCCUGAGAAGGAGAAGUCCGUGUCCAUCGCUCCUCGACGCCCUAUGCCACCCCCGUAUUCCAAGACGAUCGUCACCCAGGCUCAAUGAUAUAAAGAGCUAAGGUAUGAUCUAGCACACUGCUGAACACCUUCUUGAUAAUUGCGACUCUGAACCUCAGUCUCCCUGUCGACACUGAAAUUGUCCCGAUUGACACCUUCUGUGCACGCUCACUAAGCAUUGAUCAUGUCUACCACCACAACUAUGACCGUUGAGCCAACUUGGGGCUACGGCCUGGGGUUGAGUUCAGGUCAAAGAGACCCAGUGUACGACAUGUUGACUCCAUUCGACAAGAUGCCCACCAAGAUGACUGGACGCACAGUCUGGACCAAGGAGGAGCUUGCUGCCGACCCAGACCGCUGGAUCCGACGGUGGACUCCCAAAGAAAUUGAGCACAUCGCGACCGCCAUCCACCAGGUCGAAAAGCAGAACCUCUCCCUCGCCCAGGUCGACCGCUCCACGUUCGUGCUGCCAUCGUCCCUCGCAUCCACACUUACAAAUGUUCGCGAUGAACUGAUCAACGGGAUUGGGAUUGCCGUCCUGCGCGGUCUGCCCGUGUCCAGCUGGACGACACGCCAGGCCUCGAUCGCCUAUCUGGGCGUUGGCUCAUACAUUGGCCGUCGCCUUAGUCAGAAUCGCAUGUCCCAUAUGUUGGGGCAUGUCAAGGAUCUGGGCGAGGGCAAGGAAGUCAAUGGUGAAGGACGCCUGUAUCGCACGCACAAUGCGCAGCCGUACCACACUGAUGACGCGGACAUUGUGGGGUUACUGUGUCUGCACAAGGCGAUGUCUGGCGGCGAGUCGCAAGUUGUUUCUACGCACAACAUUUACAAUGUCCUGCGGGACGAACGGCCCGAUGUACUUGAGCAACUGUGCACCCCGCACUGGUUCUACGAUCGGAAAGGCGAGAUCAGCGACGGUGACGAGGCAGUCAUGCGUGUGCCUGGCUACUAUUACUACAAGGACAGGCUGAGCAUGAAGUGGGAUAGCUACUACGUCGGGGCGCUGCAGCGGUUCUGGGAGAAAGAUUUGUUGCCGACGUACACGGACGCACAGCGUGAAGCUAUUGAAGUUAUGGAGGAAAUGGCCUGGCGGUUAUCGUUCGAGAUGAUGCUCGAGCAAGGGGAUAUCCAGUUUGUGACCAAUACGCAUAAUUUGCAUGCACGGUCGGCAUACCAGGAUGCGAAUGAUCCGGCGAUAAAGCGGUGGUUGCAGAGGUUGUGGCUUGCUACAAGUGAGGAAGAAGGAGGCUGGCCUUUGCCCUUUGCCGAUUCGAAGUACGAAAAAAGAGGAGGCGUGCAGGUGAACAAGACGCCGGAAGCGUAUCCUUUGGAGGCGGAGUAGUCACAAUUGCAUUCAUGGGAUUAACCACGUUGGUUUCCAGUGGCGGCACUGUUUGAUCCUGGGAGUCCUUCGGGCUCAAAGGCGUAUACCGCUCGAUAUGACCGAGGAAUCCCUCGUAGACACCGUCGAACGUACAGCGAUAGUUGACAGUGUGACCUUGGAAACUGGUGCCCUAGAACUCGAACCAGGUCCCAACAUCUAGGACGAGAGGAAAAGUGAAGACAAAGGCAACGGCGGCGACCCGGGCAUGAACUUGACACAUCCACGCCGUUGGGGAUUGAUGGCCUCCUGGAAUGC